UAUCAGUUUGAGCAAAUGUGUUUUAAUGAAAGUGUUUUAGGAACUGAGAAAAGCCUGAAAAUGUCAUUGUUCUUUCUCAUUAGGCCAUUGAUCCUGAAUCUGUAAUAUCUGACGAAUAGAUCAAAUAGUCUGAUUAUGGGUGAGUUGAUUUUCAAAAAAUGAGUGUGGCAAGUCCCAUCUUUAAGGACACAUUAGCAAAAAAAAAAAAAAAAGUUGCGAAGUUUCAAAAAUAGUCAUCUAAAUAUAACAAAACAAAAUAUAACACUUUAGGUGUCACGGCGUGGGGGUGAACCCGAGCAGAGAGCACACAGACGAGGGCCUGAGGCAAGAACAAAGGUGGAUUUUAUUGUUUAAGCAGAGGUUAAGGGAGUGCUGGAUGGUGCACGGCAGGCAGAGACCCUCCACGACAAGUAGGGGAUCCAGGAGCAGGCAGCAGGCCCAAGGUGAGGGAGGGAGGAGGUCUGGUCAGGGCUGGAUCCAUAGUGCAGGAGAUGGGGGAGCAGAGCAGGUGGGACUGGGCAGUUGGGUCAGCAGAAUGCGUGAGCAGAGUUUACUAUCUGGCAGGGUGUGGAGUGUGCAGCCAGCUUUUAUGGUGGAGAUGAUCAGCAGGUGUGCUGCACCGCAGCUGCCAGGAGUUCCGCUGAUGAGUGAUUGGUGAUGAACAACAGCUGGACAGAGCAGGAAGGUGGAGAGAGGAAUAGGAGGAAGGAGGGGGAGAGGGAGGAUGAGGAAGGUCAGGUGGAGGCUGAAGCUGGGACAGAGGAGGGAGCCCUGACAUUAGGAUUGAGAAUUUUCUUUAAAAAUUGCACUGGCUGUCAAUUGUAUUGACUAUUUAGGAAAAAUGAACAAAAAGCAUAUGCAUAAUAAUUUGGAACACAGUGUAGACUACAAUUAGACAACAUACAGUCAACAAAAAUGUACAUACGCUUGUAAAGGUCGCCUUCCUGUUACAUGCGCUAGUCUAUAAAAUGAAUUAGUUUAUUAUAAUUUAAUUUAUUGGAGUAAAAUUUAGAUGUUUUAAAUUGCAAAAAUGGAAAUACGAACUGAGAAUAAAAUAAAUCGCAAAAUUUAAUUUAAGAUAAGGUAAAAUAUUAAAAUUAAAAAAUACAUAAUACUUUUAAAAAUAAGAUUUUUAAAAAGAAUAAAAUAAAAUGUAAAAAAUAAAGUAUAAAUAAAUUUAAAAUAUAUAUAUUUAAAGAAUGCUUUCUCUUCAGUUUGCACUCGGACUUGGAACUAACGAAGUCUCGUUUCCAUGACAACACACAAACUUUGCCAUGGCGUCUCUGCUCACAGACCCGCUGUUUGAAAUCUCUGGACGGGGUCCUGCACCCGACAAGAACUUUUAUCAUCUGUCUCUCACCAAGUCAGACGUGAUCUGGAGAUGGUGGAAGAUAUCUGCCAGAACCGUGGACCGCUACUCCAAACCUGGGGAACUGAGGGAGACUCAUCAGGACUUCUUGGAUGACAGUGGGCUGCAUAGUGAGGUCAGUAUGGUUUUUGGCCAUCAAAUCUUGCAGUAUGCCAAAGCUUUGUGCCAAGGUCAUUAUGAUUAUCUGGAGCACCUGUCUGAUGCCUUACUUCUUCGGAUAAUGAAUUAUCUCGAGCUUGAGGAUGUGGGUCAGCUUGGACGGACGUCACGCAAGUUCAAGCAGUUAUGUGGGUCAGAGGAGUUUUGGGAGCAGGCAGUGCGGCGGCGCUGCAACACAGUUUCAGCUGACGUGGCAUCUCUGGCGCUGGAGGUGGGUUGGCGCCGCAUCUUCUUCACCAGCAAGUUACAGCUGCAGAAGCUGAUCAGCCGCAGGAGACUGAAGCCCGAGGAGCAGCAGGAAGCACAGGUCUCUGACCCAGAUACGAAGGCAGAGGAAUCUCCUGAUGAAAGCUCAGAGACAAGCCAGGCAUCCAGUUCUGAGGAGGAGUCUCACCCCGGCAUUCCCUGCGAUCCAAGCCUUGGCACUGACACUGCCACAGGCUUUGAUACUCACUCUUUCUGUGAUGUUGACCUUGAUCUGUACUCUAAAACAGAGGCUGGCUUGGAUUCCAGCGAGCCUGUGCUUGACCAGAUCUUGGAGGACAUGAAAUAUUGUGAGGUAGAAACACUUGAGCAAAGCAGUGCUCAAAGCAAAGGUAUGGGAGACUGUACCACAGAGCCAGACAGGACACAGAGUUAAGCCUUUUAUCAAAUGUUGCCUUAUUCCUGUGUUCCAGGGCUACUGUUGUUCUAAUAUGACAUUUAUGAAUAUAAAUAUCUUUAAAUGAAUUGUGCCUUGAUUAUGUGAAGAAUUGUAUCUAUAAUUUGUCAAAUGUACAGCUAUUUUUUGAUUGUUUGCUUGAUAUUCUUUGUCAUUUGCAUUAAUAUGUCCACUGUGCCAUGACUUUUGUGACUUAACAUACAUAACAUGCAAAAACAACAAAUGAUACGAUAAUGGAAUUUUAUUUGUUGCAAUGUAAAAGUAUUAAUAAUAUGCAAUACUGUAGUUCAAAAAUGUAGAAAUAAAUAUAAUAUACAGGUACUAUUCUGUUGUCUGGCUGAUGUUAAUCAUGAACUACUUCUCAGUAAAAGCUCAGAAUAAGGAUCGGCUUUGCUUGAAAGAACACAAACAUGGCAAGUCAUGAUAAAGUAAUUAUACGUUAAUAUAUGUUAAGGACCAAAUCAACAUGAUGCUUCACUUUAACUGGGGUUGUGGUGAUUCAGUAUAUCCUGUGAUAAGAAAUUAAUUAAAAGUUCAUUUUAUAGUUGAUGUAGAUAAUGUAGAGUUAACCUGGAACAGUUUAGAAGAAUGUCAUCAGUUCGCAUGUGUGCAGAUUUUUGGGAAAUUAGUGCUUUCUGAGUCAAGAGUGUCUAGCUAUUUUCUAAAAUUACAUUAUAUUGACUCAGACUUAUUUAGAAAUUGCUAUUUGAAUUGCUGUUGAACCUUAUUAUUUAUGCAUCAUUCCAUUGUACUGUUUCUGUUCCGCAUAGUAUUAUCCUGCCUGCCUGUAUUUCCCCGCCUCUUCCCUUGGUCACAGCCCACAACACUGAUUAUGGGAAGUUACGAAAAUAUCCUUGUCGGGUUCCCAAGCAAUUAAAUGUGGUCUCACUUUCACUGUUUAAUAUUUUUGAUUUAAACCAUUUCUCUUAUGGGCUGUACGGUGGUUUGGUGGUUUGCACUGUUGCCUUGCAGCUGGAAGAUCCCUGGUUUGUGUCCUUCCCUGGGAUCUUUCUGCUUGGAGUUUGCAUGUUCUCCCUGUGCAUGAGUGGGUUUUCUCCAGGCACUCCAGCUCCCUCCCAAUCACUCGCGACCCUAAUGAGGAUUAUGCACUGUAUAGAUAAUGGAUGGGUGGACAAUAUCUCUUUUCAUUACACUAUGCCUUUAAUCUGAAAUAGUGCGGGGUUCCACAUAUAGUGACACUGAUAACUGUAAGUCUACAUUUAGGCCAUAUUUGAUAUUUGUGUUAGAUAUUUUUUUUAAAAAAUGGUUGCAAAUAUUAGUUUAAAUACUGCCUAAAGACGAUUAAAAUUGCCUUGAUUGGAUUUACCUCCAACAUGCUUAGAUAUCUAUUGGUCACAUGAGUGAACAAGAAGUAUCAAUAAAACUGCAACUGUUAUAAUAAAGUGUAAAAAAAAAGAAGCCUUUUUGGGAAGCACAUACAAGUGUACUCCUUUUACAUAAGGUAACAGAUUUGAUUAUAAGACAGUGAAGACACCUGUGAUACUAACUGAGGUCCACAGUCUGCUUGAAAUGUCCCUACAGUCUAAUUACCACCACCUCUGAGGAGUAGUGGGAGUUUUGUUCAGGUCAUUGCUAAAGAUCUUAGAAGAUGAGCAAGAAUGCAGCUCUUUCCACAGUUUUUAUUUGUUUGACUAUAAGACAGAGGAAGAACAAGGCGUUGCUUCAGUGAGGUAUGAGGGUACCAACACUUUGGCCAUGUCCAUAAGUGGAUUAUGUUACAUCAUGAUCUGGGUUCUUGGAAGACACAGAUACUGUCUGUGAGUUUUGAUGGGAUUAUGAGUGUAGUGUGCACAGAAAAAAAAGUCCCCUAGGGGGCACAAGCUGCUAGUGCUAAUGGUACAUUAUCGUUCUUGCCUCUGCUUUCCUAUGUCUUUCACUUCACCUUUGCCCUACUCUAUGUUCUUAUGCUCCAGG